AUGGAUGAUAAAGGGGUCCUUUUGGCGACUGGGAUUGAACUUGGAAAGGCUCGUGAUUUGGGUCCAAAAAUCUACUUUGGGCAGGCUUUUAAAUUGAGUCCAUUGGUAACUGCAAAUGUCGGAGUUGUGGAUGCCAUAUGUGGCCAUGAUCUUGUUGAGUUUUUUGUACUUGAGUCGGUGCUGCCGACCCUGGAGUUUGAAAGUGAGUACCCUCGUCGUGUCAUUGCGGGCAUAGGUGGAGAGGAAUUCGAGUGUAGGCUACUUGUAGGUACGUGCAGAAAGAUCGAGAAACUCGUGCCAACCAAUGUUGAAAAAUAG